AACUCGACCAAGGUGACGCUCCACCCAGCCCACCACGACGUCCUCGCAGUGCACUGCCCGCGUCUGCCCGCAUCCAUCCAAGCGUCACCGCCAGCUCCGGAAAUCCCCGUGCACCCUUUCUGCCUGCCUGAUCCGGGGACGUACGCCUUCCUGAGCCAGUACCUGUACACUCACCGCCAGGACCUCCUCCUCGCGCCCCUCCUCCCGCCCGGAUCACUUCAUUCCAAUCCCUUCCCCACCACCGCCCAUCUCUCGUCCUCUCCGAAACUCCCCGCGUCGACCCACGCACAGCUCCUCGCCCUCGCAGAGUCCCUCGCGAAGGAUUUCACGCAGCACAAGCUUCUCGGGGGUUUGUCGACCGUCCAUGGGCUAUGGAAGAAUGUCAUAGCGUUGGGCGUGGAUGAUGAUGGCUUGUGGGAAGUCAUCCAUACCGCGUGGGGUGUCUAUUUGACAGCCGCGGGU